AUGGCGCCCGACCGGUACGAAUCACGCCGCCAUGGCGUAUGGGGUCACUGGGUUCCUCUAGCCGUCACUCUGACCGUCGCGACGGCCGGUGUGGUCGUCUGGGCUUGGAAGCAGCGAAAGGACUCGGACGACGACGGCGACGAUCCUGGUCUCGUCUACGACAACAAUAACAACAACGGCUACGCCGGACGGAUGGACGACGACGACGACGACGACAACUACACUCGACCUCCCAAUGGCGGCUACCACCCUGCGCCUUCGGUCGGGAAUGAGAGCGUGGUCGGGGGAUCCGCACCGCCGCCCGCGCCUCUGUCCGAUGUCUCAGGUUGGGGCGCGAGGAUGUCCGGUGCUCUCCGUCGCACGCCCAGCCCGCAGCAUUUUCUCGACACGACCGGCAAGACGGUGGCCGCUGGCUUCGCGGCCGCCGGCGCGGCCGUGGGCAAGGCUCUCUCCUCCAUCCGCGAAGACGACAGGCAGUACCCGGACGGCAACCCUUGGUCCGAGGAGGCAGACGCCAAGGCCGACCGUGCCCCGCUGACCUCGCCCAGGAACCGCAAGACGGUCGCCAUUGUCGUGUCUGCCGAUUCCCUCGCCGCUUCGUCCUCUCAGGAUGCGACCGGAUACUUUGAGCAUGCUUCCAUCCUGUCUCACAUUCCUCGCCACAAUGACUUUUCCAAGAUCAAACUCUUCGUCCUCAUCUACACGCCCGAGCAGAAGGAUGCCGCCGCCACCGCCCUGGAUGCUUCGACUAGCAACCUGCCUCCUCCUUCCAUGGGAUCUUCCUACUCCAACCUCGGCAAUGAGCAGAUCCAGAGCCCUACUGAAGAGGCUAAGCAAUCAGCUCCCAACCCUCCUGCAUCCAACCCCGCCUUCGAGGCUGUCUACUCGCAAGCCCUCGCCAUUGUGGAUAAGGAGGCCAUGGUCCUGCCCUUCACCACGCCAAACGGACACGUUCACAUCCUCCGUCACCUGCAGCCUGAAGUCAUCUACCUCCAGGAGUCCAUGGCCGGCGACAACGGCAGCAUCAUCACCAACCUUCAGACCUGGCUCCGCCACGACGUCGUCCUCAUCGUCGGCGCCGAGGGUGGCGCCGGGGGUCUGGCUGACAGCGAAUCCGAGGCCGAGAAGCCGACGACCGAGAAGCCGAGCGAGGAGAAGUGGUGGCAGCGUCCUGAGAGGGUCGGUAGGGGUCGUGGGAUCGUUGUUGUGGACAGUAUGCGUGUGCACGACGACUGGGCGCGUCGCGUCCAGGGUGCUGAAUGA